AUGAAUGCGACCCGGAAACGACAGAAAGUCUCUUCAGCCUGUCAAAGGUGCCGCGAACGAAAACUCGGUUGCGACGCAGACAGACCGUGUCAAUUAUGUACUCGUGCAGGCGCUGAGUGUGUUCCUCGAAAUGGCGGGAGGAUAGAUACAGCAAAACCGCCUGAAAGAGAUAGCGAUUAUUCUAGGGAUGAUCAAACUAAUCGCCUUGGCUCCGAAGAUACAGUCAUCGCCUCGGAGUCAAACAUUGUAAACUUAAGUACCAUGAUGUUUGUCGAAACUGCCUCGAACCAGCAUCUGGUACAUGACACAUCUGCUUUGCCUGGUGGCACUAAGCCAAUGAAUUGCGCUCUCCCGAUUGCCGGAAGCUGGCGAGAUUUGAUAGGAAUAGAGCUGCCUGCAGAUGACGUACUAGACGACUGUGUCAAAAGCUUUUUUCUCUCCGUUGAUUGGUUCAUGAUGGUAAGGAUUAUAGAGCUGUUAUACGUCUUUCACGAGGAAUCGUUCAAACGCAGAUAUGAAGAGUUUCUCCAUCAACAGCGAGCAUACCAUGACAGCGACUUCCUUUGGAUAUGCAUGUUAGUAAUAGCACUUGGAGCUCACUACUUGGCAUUAGAGCCACCAUCAAACCAAAACGCCGUCAACUAUCGGCAGCUUUCCGAAACCCUUUUAUCGAAUAUCGAAUCCCAUUUCCUACAAAUAAUCAGCAGUUCUACAUUGGAGACAGUCCAAAUAUGCAUCUUACUUGGCAGCUUUCUUCUGUUCAACGGCCGGCCCAACGCAGGAUUAGGCAUCUCGGGCAGCGGCGUUAAAAUUGCUCAAGUUAUUGGGUUACAUCGCGAAAGCCUAUGGAGAGAAAGGUCUCAAGCUAAGCGAGAAGAGAAGCGGCGUGCUUGGUGGGCAUUGGAAGUAUUCGAUAAAUACGCAGCUAUUGUCUUUGGUCGGCCAUGCAUUAUCGACGACUCUGAUUGCGACGUCGGCAUGGUGUCUGAUAUCCAGUUAGGCCGACAAAUAAAUUUAGAGAGUUCUCUUCUAGUGUAUCACCAAUGGAAAUUUCGACUUUACAGAAUAUUGGGGCCAUUCCUUGGACGAAGAAGGCAACAAAACCGAGUUAAAACUGUCCAUACAAUUCAUCAACAGCUACUCCAGUGGCGAAGGGAGCUGCCCGAAAGUCUUCGAUUGGAAAACUAUGAUCAAGAUUCAGAACACAUAUCUCUACUCCAAAUGCAGGCACUGAACCUCCAAAUUACGUACAAUAAUUUGCAAAUCAUUUUUCAUCGUACUACGGCCUUUCAGUACAAUGACGAGGAAUGCAAAUUUAGAUCAGCCGAUACAAGAAACAACGCCUCUCUUCAACAGCUCCUCGAAUCUGCUCUGGAUAUAUCCGAGCUGUAUAAAUAUUCGUCUACCAUGCAUGCUUCUAGACGGACACAUGCUGAUAUGCACAUUGGAAUAACCCUUUUCACUGCUGGGGUGGUACUGUGUGCUAUAUGCCUCUCGCAGCCAAUGACUACAAUGAGCUCUAGGGCAAAAACAGGGGUUAUGCAUAUUAUCCGCAUGUGCCGUAACGGUUCCUCCUCGAAUCAGCACCUGGUUUCAACACAAAGUCUCUCCAUUUUGGACAGCCUUGUAACUGUUGUAUUACGCGGGGCGGCAAUUUCGCAAUACAAUCCUACUAACAGUGAGAGCAUACUGCAACCAAUUCGGGAAGAUUCGGACCUCUUAGAUGCAAGCCAGUUAUGGCUGUGGGCGGAUAACCUAAAUUAUGAAUCCUUUAAUGAGAUUCAAAAUAAUUAA